UAUUUUUUCCCCGAUGCAGUGUAACUAAAAAUAAUUAUUUUUUUGUUGCCAAGCAGUAAGCAUCUGUCCCACCAGUUCGACAUUCAACAAACCGGGUCUUUCUUCACUACGUAUAAUUCUGAGUUUAAACAUUCUAUUCUAUUCCAUUAUAUUCUAGCAGUUCAAUAAGCAGAAUUAACACAUUGAAAUUUGUAAUGUGGAAGUACUCAGUUUUCUUUGCGUCAAGUGCUGAAUUAUUUUAACUGGGUUUCGAUCAUGAUAACAGCAAUGUAUGAUGCCUGUUUUCGUUCAAUGUUGGCAAUCCUUCCCUUUAUUGGAUGGCAUGACUGUAUUAGUCACGUCUUGUAACUCAGUUGCUAAGAGGACUUUUUGACUGCGGGUUGAGCAACAAAUCGCGAAAUAGCAAUGAUUGUAUCUGGUUCAAAUAAUUUAUCAUAUGAUUCAGAUGAUGAAGUUGAAAAGAAUGAAGUGGAUACAUAUCGACGUAAAUACCAGCUACUUUUGGAACGUUGUGAAGUUCUACAACAGGAUAAUGAACGACUAGUGCACAGGAUUCAGCAAGUUCGGAAAAUGCUAUGGAGAUCAAGGAAAGAGCGUAAGUUUUUAAUGGAUCGUCUGGAUCAACAUGGUGACAAUUGGCGCAAUGUACAAUUACCAAUUCCUCUAGAUGAGCCCCUCAAUAUACCAACUACCACUAAACCUGAUAAGAACCAACAUCAAAAGCUCGGAGCUGGAACUACAGCAAAGUCUGCAAGUUCAGUAGAGAAGGGAGGAAGGAAGAUUACAAGUACUACAGUCGCCAGUUCCGGCACAAAACGAAAGAGUGGCAAGAGCGCCGAUAAGCCAGAGCGCGAUCCAAAUGCACCAAAACGCCCAGCAAAUCCAUUCUUUCAAUUCUGUCAAGAGCAACGUCCGAUCGUGAUGGAGCGACUUGGAUUAGAACAAAAGUCUGGGGAAGCCGAACCCUCAAAACAGGAGCUGACAAGACAGUUGGCAAGCAAGUGGAAUACAUUACCACCUGAAGAUAAGAAGGUGAGUGGUCAUGAGAAUAAAACUGAAGAAAAAAUAAUCUCUACUUUGUACCCCUGUACCUUUUUACUAAUUUCUUGCCUAUUUUAUGCUGCCAGGAAUUUUUUUAAUAAUUUGCUGUUGGUAAGUCAUAGAAAUAUUUAAAUUAAUUAGUUUAAAAUUAUUUCUGGCAGCAUUCAGUGUAAUUUGUUUGUUUCAUACUAGUAAAAUAAAUAUGUACAGAUAUUAAAUUUAUGGUUCCGGAAGGACAAAUAAUUGAAUGAAAUUUUAAUAUGUGAUAUGAUUUUUCAGAUUUACUAUGACAUGUAUGAAAAAUCAAAGGAGAAAUAUGCAGUAGAAAUGCAGAUUUACAGCAAUAGAACCAAGCCACCUAAUGAGGACAUUUCAACCUGAUGUCACUGGACCUGUCGUAUAUUCUUAUAGAAUGUACACACUGUCGGAAUGGAUGUAAAGAACAAAGAAUGGAAUUUAUGUGUAGUAUUCAUUGUGAAAAGAUAUUUUUGAGGUGCAGUAUUUAGCUUACUGGGCAUACUACUGUAUUUUACCACAUUUAAGCCAGGUUAUUUAAACUUCCUUGAGUACACCAUUUGGUUUAAAUUGUCUCAUGCAAUAAAUUCAGAACAUCAUAUAAAAUUUCAACUAACCUAACUUCAUAGUUUAUACCAUUAGUUUCUCUUUCACUCUGAAACUAUUCCACAAUUAUUAUAUAUACUACUGAAUUAAAACCUCAAUUCCUUAAAUAAAUUAUAUGUUACAGA